AUGGCCCAUUUUCCCAAUCAUCGUGGAUGGAUGUACGACCGUUGUUAUAGCGGAAGGAGAGGUUUGAAGGAAGCUUUUGUCCUUGGAGUUAAUGAGUUUGUGGAGACGGCUCGGCGAUAUAAAUAUUAUGCUCUUGAUGGAGGGAUUCGAUGCCCAUGCAUCAAGUGUGAAUGUACAAAGAUUAUGAAAGAUGAAGACAUCAAAGUUCACUUAUACCAAAAAGGGUUCAUGCCAAAUUACAAGGUUUGGACAUUUCAUGGUGAAGAAAUGCCUUCUACCUCCACUGCUCAUGAAAAUCAACCUGCAUCAGGUUCGAAUACUAUUGUACAUACAUCUAAGAUAGAUCAAUUUACCUACAUGGAAGAGAUGGUAGAUGAUGCUCUUCGUCGACAUGCUGAACAAGAACCAAACGAUAGUCGUGAUGAAGAGUCUCCAAAUGAAAGCAAAUCAACCUGUUCAUCUGAGUCAAAAUUGUCAGUGUGCAUUAGACUUAUGGCUGGUAAAUCUAAUUGGAAUGUUCCCAAUCAAGAGGUGGACCACUUUACAAAAUUGGUGUUAGAUCUAACACCACCAAACAAUUCUUUGCCGAAGAAUUAUUACGAAGCCAAAAGAUGUGUUUCGAAGUUGGGAUUGGAAGCGAAGAAGAUUGAUUGUUGUGUGAAUGGAUGUAUGCUUUUCUAUGACAACGACACUGGCAAAAAUGAUGCAUCGUUGGUGCAAUGCAAGUUUUGUGGCAAUCCUCGAUUUCAAACAUUGCAUCCAGGACGGAGUGAAGGAGUGUUGCGUCAUCCUUCUGACGGUGAAGCAUGGAAGCACUUCAACUGUAAACAUCCAUCUUUCGCCAGUGAUGCUCGUAACGUGAGACUUGGUCUAUGUUCGGAUGGGUUUACUCCAUACAUUCAGGCGUCUGCAUCACCAUAUUCAUGUUGGCCAGUGAUUGUUACCCCAUAUAAUCUUCCACCCGAGAUGUGUAUGACAAAGCCUUACAUGUUUUUAACGUGUAUAAUACUAGGACCAUCUAAUCCUAAAUCAGGGGUUGAAGUGUAUUUAGAGCCUUUGAUUGAUGAUUUGAAGAAGCUGUGGACCGGUAUAUGGACGUAUGAUGUAUCAAGGAAGCAAAAUUUUCUUAUGAGGGCAGCUUUGAUGUGGACUAUUAAUGACUUUCCAGCGUAUGACGUGUUAUCUAGUUGGAGCACGCAUGGUCGAUUAGCUUGUCCGCAUUGCAUGGAACACAUAAAGUCAUUCUUAUUGACGCAUGGUCGGAAAAGUUGUUGGUUUGACUGCCAUAGAAGGUUCUUGCCCAUUGAUCACAUGUUUAGGAGGAACAAAAAGGCUUUUCGCAAAGGGCAACUUGAAAAAGAUAUGCCACCUCCUAGGCUUAAUCCAUAUCAAGUUUGGAGAAGAGUCAAACAUUUUCCAAAAGUCAAUGAAAGUGGUAUCAAUAGGAUUGAAGGGUUCGGGAGUGGCAUAACUGGAUGA